GGGGUUGUGCGAGGGCCUGCGGGAAUGGAGGUUAUGGCAGUGCUUGCGAUGGUAUGGAUUCAGGAAAGCGUAGUAGCGGAGAGAGAGAUGAUUCCGGAUGUGAGGGAGGGACGUUUCCUCGUGCCGGGUCUGCUGGAAAAAUGGAUGAGGGGGGUGCAUGUGGUGACAGGCGUGCUUGUGCUGAUGGGAAUGCUGGUGCCGGGAGUAGCGAAGCAGAAAAGAAGGCUUGUGGAGGUGGGGAAGAGGAGAGGGGAGGGGUGAAGGAGGGGAAGGAGGGGGAGGGAAGGAGGGGAAGAGGAAAGAGGGGGAAGGGGUGAAGAGAGCGAGGAGUGGGGAGGGGAAAGGGGGAGGGAAGGAAAGGAGGGAAGAGAGGAAAGUGGUGGUGAACGAGAGGAGUGGAGAGGAGGAGGGAGGAAGGGAAGAGAGGGGGGAGAAGGAGGGCGCCUGUGGAGAGGGUGUGACUGGCUGUGAAGCUGUUAGUGAAACUGGAAGUGAAAGAGAUGAGAGGAAGCGAGAUGAGAGGAUGGGAGAUGAGAGGAAGGGGGAGGAGAGGAUGGCAGAGGAGAGGAAGGGGGAGGAGAUGAGAGAAGAGGAGGGAGCAAAAAGAGGGGAGAGGGUUGUGGGCACCGUGGGGUCCCAGGCUGCCCUCGGCCCUGAUAUCACCCGCCCCAGCAGCAGCAGCAGGGCGGUUGACCCUGGGAGUAUUGAGGCGAGGCGGGGGAGUGCGCCCAGCAGGCAUGGUGGAAUCAACCCCAGAGUGAGUGGCGAUGCUGAUGGCAACGAGGGGUCCCAAGCUGCCCUCGGCCCUGAUACCCACCCCAGCAGCAGCGCGGUUGACCGUGGUGCUGAGGCGAGGCAGCGGAAGGCGGCGAUGGGGGACGAGCAGGGGAAGGGGGACGAUCAGGGGAAGGGGAACGAGCAGGGGAAGGGGAACGACCAGGGGAAGGGGAACGAGCAGGGAACGAAGGCGAAAAGGAAGGAGCAGGGAGUGGGCAACCAGCAGGGGAAGGGGGCGAAGGGGGACGAGCAGGGGAAGGGGGCGAAGGGGAACGAGCAGGGAGUGGGGAACCAGCUGGGAAAAGGCGGAAGGGGGGACGAGCAGGGGAAGGGAGGGAGGGGGGGCGAUCAGAGGGUGGGGGGGAAGGGGGCCGAGCAAGGGGAGGGGGACGAAACGCGUGUGGGUACGGAAGUGAAGGAUGCAGUGGGUUGUGGAAGACGAGAGGGGAGGGAGGCGGAGGGAGCGGGUGCAGUGCAAAGGGAAAGUGAGGGAGGAAAGGGGAGUGACAGUGCUGGAGAAGGGGAGGUAGAGGGGGGCGUGGAGGUAGUGAUUGUGGAGGCGGGGGGGAGAGGAGGGAGAGGGAGAGGGAGGGGAGGGAGGGGUAGAGGGAGGGGCGCGGGGGUGGAAAGGGGGAGGGGAAGUAGGGGAGGCAGGGUGGGCGGAAGGAGGGGGAGGGGGAGGGGAAGGGGGUCGAAAGGGGGGGGGUACGGGGGAGGGAGUGGGCGUGGAAGGGGAAGGUCUGGGGAGAGGGAGGAGGAGGCGGAGGAGAGUGAGGGGACGAGUGAGGAGAGCAGUGGGGAGGACGGGGUUGGGGGGAGCAAGGUGGAACGCCAAGGGGUGGAGGGGAAGCGAGCUCAAGACAGCGAGAAAGAAAACAAGGGGAAAGAGGUGGAGGAGGAGAAGGAAGAUGUUUUGAAAAGAGUGAGACAUGAUAGGAAGGAAAAGGGGGCGAUGGGGAGUGGAGAGAGGGAGGAAGAGGAGGCUAGAGGGGAGGGAGCAGGGGAGGAGGAGGAUAGAGAUCAUGACGAGGGGGAGGAGGAAAAAAAGGAGGGGAAAAAAGAGGAAGAGGAGGAGGCGGGGAAUAAAGAGGGGUUGGGGAAGUGUUCUAGGGGUGGGAAUGAGAUGAAUCUUCGGGGGAAGAAGGGGCUUGAGGAGGAGGAGGAGAAGGAGAAGGAGGAGGAGAAGGAGGAGAAGGGGAGGAUGAAAGGGAAGGCGCUGAAGAGCAAAAAGGAGGGACGGGAGGAAGACGAGGAGGACUGCAAUGCUGCUGCUGGUGCUGCUGCUGUUGCUGAUGCUAAUGCUACUGCUGCUACUGCUGCUGCUACUACGUCUGCUGCUGCUGCUGCUGCUGCGACAUCUGCUGCUGCAGAUGGCAGUGACGAUGACGCUGAUGACACUGGUGGUGAUGGCACUGACGACGACGACGAUGUUCGGGUGGUGAAGGCAGAGAGCCAGGUGAAGCGGACAAGGGACCGGGACAGGGAGCGGGAGAAGGGGCUCCCCCGCAGUGAUGUCAUGAAGCUCCGAGCCGUGCGCCAGCUCAAGGGAUUCGCAGGGAAGCAGGACAUGGGCCCGGGGGGAAAGCCGCUCGGGUAUGUGCCAUAUGUAUCCAUGGGUAUAAGCCCCCUGACGCUGCAAGGGGAGACGGUGCUCAAGGUGCAUCGAAUGCGAACCGCUAGGCCUUCUUUCGUCAAGUUUGUGACGCGCCACGUCAUCGCGACGUCGGAUAAGGGGCUGGACCUCCCCGGGCCGUUCGUGAAGCGGCACCUGGCGGGGUCGGAGCGGAUAGCUGUGAUUGGCCCGGGGGGGCGGAGGUGGGAGAUGAGGUGGGGGGUGUAUUCGAAGGGGGUGCAGGUGUACAGGUUGAAGGAGGGGUGGGGGGAACUGGCUGUGACUCUGGAUAUGCAAGAGGGGGAGGCGCUGGUGUUUGAGGUGGAGAGGAAGUUGCUCCUGCGGCUGCACCUGGUGAAGUUUGGCCAAGAGGUGGUGCUGAACACGAGUGAGGAGGUGCGCAAUACCAGUGAGGAGGUGCGGAAUACCAGUGAGGAGGUGCGGAAUACCAGUGAGGAGGUGCGGAAUAUCAGUGAGGAGGUGCGGAAUACCAGUGAGGGGAAUUUGAAUGGGAGUGACGGUGCUGCUGAUGGUGAUGGUGAUGAUGCUAGUGAUGCUGGUGCCAGUGCCGGUGCUGGUGCUGGUGCUGGUGCUAGUUCUCCUGCUGCUGACUCAGGGUCCAAGAGUGAGACGGAGGAAGGGGGGCAGAGCAGGGAGGGCGCGGAGGCGGGUGAUGGUGGCUUCAUGGGUGGUGGAGGCAAGGCCAAAGGAGUGAAGCAGAUUAGAGAGACGGGCAAGACGGUGAAAGAGGAGGAGAUGGGACCGAGAGGCAAGGGAGGAGAGGGGAAGGAGGGGAAGGAGGGGGAGGAGGGGGAGAUGGGACAGAGAAGUGAGGGGGCGGAGGGGAAAGGGAAGGCUGCGAAGGUGGGGGGGAAGAAAAGGACGAAGCAGCAAGGGAAGGAUGGGGGGAAACGGGUGCUCCGGGAGUGGGACGACGAGGAGCGGAGGAGGGAUGGGAAGGAGAAGGGUGAGAUGGAGGGAGAGGAUGGCGAGGGAAAAGAAGGGGGCUGGAGGAAUGAGCUGGCAGGGGAGAGGGAAGGGAAAGGGGCGAAGAGUGUUUCAGUGAAGGUCACAGGGAAGUCGACAGGAAAGGGCACAGGGAAGACCAAGAAGCAACGGAGGUUUGGAGAAGGUUCUGGGUCUCGCUUCGCUUCAGCUGCUGAGACUCCCUUUCUUUCUGCUCCCCCUCUCCCCCCUGCUACUACCCCAUCCCAUCCCCCCUCUUCGUAUCCAGCUCCCACUCUCCCCGCUGCUCCUGCUGCUUCUCCCCACUUUGCUUCUGCUCCUGCUGCUGCAGCCGCUGCUGCCGCUCCUCCCACGGUCCCAAUCGCCACCACUGGCUCUGCUGCUUCUGCUGACGUGCAACCAGAUUCUACCCGUGCUGCUGCGCCCCCCUCUCCCCCGCCUCCUGCGCUGAAGAAAAGAGCGCGAGUGCCUCCCCCAGGAGGGUGGAAGGUGGCUCGACUCGUCCCCUCCAGGCGACUCAAUCCGCCCCUGCCUUCUGCUCCUGCUGCUGGUGCUGGUGGUGGUGCUGCUGGUGGUGCUGCUGGUGCUGGUGGUGGUGCUGGUGGUGGUGGUGCUGCUGCUGCUGCUGGUGCUGCUGCUGGUGGUCCUGUUUCUGCUCCCUCUCCUUCUCCUCUUGGUGCUGUUUCUGCUCCCUCUCCUUCUCCUCUUGGUGCUGUUUCUGCUCCCUCUCCUUCUCCUCUUGGUGCUGUUUCUGCUCCCUCUCCUUCUCUUGGUGCUGUUUCUGCUCCCUCUCCUUCUCCUCUUGCAGCAGCAACAAGAGCAGAAGCAGCAGCGGCAGCAACACCAGCACCAGAAGCAGCAGCAGAAGCAGCAGCAGAAGCAGCAACACCGGCAGCAGCAACAAUACCGGCAGCAGCAACAACACCGGCAGCAGCAGCAGCAGCACCACCACCACCACCAGGAGCAGCAACACCAGAAGCAGCAACAAUACCGGCAGCAGCAGAAACAACAAGAACAGCAACGGACGGAGCAGCAGCAGCAGCAGCGGCGGCAGGAGGAGGAGGAGGUGCAGGGAACGAGGGAAUCAGUGGCGAAGCCACAGGCGACGAGCAUCCUUACCACAGCACACUGCUGUGGCUGCACCGCGUGUGGGCUGAGAGCCAUGCAGUGGUGGCUGGACACAUGGGAGAAGAGGAGGAGAAAGAGGGAGAGGAAGAGGGAGAGGAAGAGGGAGAGGAAGAGGAAGGGAGGGAUCUGGGGAAGCGGAAGAGGAGGAGGGAAGCGGCAGCCAGUUGCGGGAGUGGUAACGGGCAUGGUUACCGCUACGGUAGCCGCUAUGUUGACAAGUAUGGCUACAUGGCGAGUAUGUUUGGUGGGAAGAGGCGGAGAAGGAGGAGGGAUGGGCACAAGAAAGGAUCGUACAAGGUGAACUCCGAAUGGCGCCUCUCCCUCACUGGGGUCACCAUCGUCCCUCCCCCUCCCCCUCUCGCUCACCCUGACUCGCCUCCUCCUCCCCCCCCUCUCGCUCACCCUGACUCGCCUCCUCCUCCUCCCCCUCUCUCCCACCCUCACGUGCCUCCUCCUCCUCCACCUCUCUCCCCUUCCUCUCCCUCUCACUCCCCUCCUCCGCUUCCCCCUCUCCUACCCUCCUCUCCUCUCCUCCUGCUGCCUCCUCUCCAAAACUUGCUGCAUCCCCUCAAGCCCCUGCUGCUGCUCCUGCUGCUGCGGCUGCCGGUCGCACCUGCUGCAAUCCCCUCUGCUGCCGCUGCCAGUCCCACUGCAACCGCCUCACCCUCUGCUGCAGCAACAAAUAAGGGGGGGAAAGCCGCAGGCAAGCAGGCAGCGAAGGCAGGGGGAGGGAAGGGGGCAGCAGCAAAAAAGGCAGGGAAACAGGCGGGGGAGUUAGGAGCAGGGAAAGGGGUAACAGCAAAAAAGGAAGGGAAGCAAGCAGGGGGGAGCCUCAAGCGGCGAGCAAAGAGCCUUGCAGACACCCCUUCUGAUCUGGAUCAACUCACUCAGCCGCAGGGUGCCUGUAGUGAAAGGCCUGGAUCUCUUAAAUCGCCUUCCCGGAAGAUCGCCAAAGCACAAGCUACUAAUACAGCUGGCAAAGCACCUGAUAAAUUACCUGGCAAAACAGCUGGCGAAACUGCUGGCAAUACGCCUGGAAGAACUGCACCUGGGAGACCACCUGGGGCACCUGGGAAAGCACCUGCGAAGGUACCUGGGAAGGCACCUGGGAAGGCACCUGGCGUGAGUUUUGUUGGAGAGAGGGUGCCAGAGAGAGGCGUGAAGAAGGGCGAUGGUGAGCGUGGGAGGGGGUGCAGUCAAAACAGCGAGGGAAGAGACUCUACUGAAGGUGAGAGGAGGGAGAGGAGCGAAGAAGAUGGUGCUUCUGCAGAAGACGAUGUGCAAGUCAUAGAAACCGGCACUACAGCCACUACAGCCGCUACGGCCGCUACAGGCACUACAGCCGCUACAGCAGCUACUGCCGCUACAGCCACUACAGCCGCUACUGCUGCCACCCCCACUACCACCCCCGCCACCACCCCCAGCAGCAGCAGCCGGAAGGCAUCUCUGCGCAAGAGCAUCCGGGCGGCUGUGUCCACAGAGUUCGUGGGCGUGAUGGUGAAGGAGCCUGGCAAGUUCCAGGCGCGCAUGGUGGACCGUGACGGCAAGAGGCAGCGCCACAUCGGCUUCUAUGCCACUGCAGAGGAGGCGGCGCUGGCGUAUGACGUGGCUGUCUUGAGGGUGCAUGGCAGCGCGGCUCAGCUGAACUUUCCCGCGAAUGGGGGGGGGAAGAGGCGGGAUUCCCCUGAGGAUGGGGGGAAAGUGGGGGGUGGGGGAGAUGGGGGGGGAGGGGAGGGAGGGAAUGAGGGGGUUGGUAGGGUAGGUCAGGUGCUGGGUGGGAUGUCAGGUGGGACGUCAGGUGGGAUGUCAGGUGUGGAUGGCUCGUUGCCUUCUCGAGGGGAGGCUGUUGCCGAAGCUGAGGGCGAGGAUGGGGCCGAAGCUGCUGGUGAGGUUUGGAAAGGUGUACAGAAUGCAGCAAUGGACGGGGAAGUGAAAGGUAGUAAGGAUAAGGAAAUGGCCCCAUCAAUGCCACCUUCCCCAGUAAUUCCCUCCCCCUCAAUGCUACCUCCCCCAGUCCCCUCCUCCACUGUAAGCCGCAGGGUCAGGAAACGCCACCCACCUGGGCCCCGGCCCCCUGCCCAGACCCAACCUGGCUCCAGAGGCGCUGGACAAGUGCCAGCUGACCAGGUACUAUCUCAGGUGAUUUCACAGGUGGUGGUUGGUGAGGCGUUUUCUGAGGUGCAGGUGGGGAGUGAGGGAGGUGGGGUUGGUGUGGGGGUGGUGGGUGAGGAGGAGGAGGUGGAGGCAAGAGGUAGUGCUGCUAAUGCUUCUGGUGCUCCUGCUGGUGCUGCUGGUGCUGGUGGUGGUGCGGCUGCUGGUGCGGCUGCUGGGGCUGCUGGUGGUGCUGGUGCUGGUGCGGCUGCUGGUGCUGGUGGUGGUGCUGGUGGUGAUGCUGGUGGUGGUGCGGCUGCUGGUGCUGGUGAUGCAGUUGACUCAACGAUGCAGAGGGCAGGGGCAGGCAAGGCAGCAGCAGCACAAGUGGCAGCAGCAGCACAAGCGACAGCAGCAGCAGCAGCAGCACAAGCAGCAGCAGCAGCAGCAGCAGCACAAGCGGCAGCAGCAGCAGCAGCCGCACAAGCGGCGGCAGCAGCAGCAGCCGCACAAGCGGCAGCAGGGAUGACUGCACGUGGAAGUGGGGGAGCAAGUGGGAAGGUAGCGGCAGAGAGGGAGGGAGCAGAGGGUGGGGACAUGGGAAUGGGGAAAGGAGGAGCCAGGGCAACAGCAGCAGCAGCAGCAACAGCAACAGCGGCAGGGGCAGCAGUCGCAGGGGCACCGAAAGCAGUGGUGGCAGUCGGGCCAGUGUUAGAGGAUAGAGAGGACAGGUCGGAGCAGGGAGAGGGUGCAGGGGCCAGGGCCGCCAGGUGUCAGCAGUUGAUUGGGCCAGAGAGGGAGAAGAGAGGGAGAGAACCGGGGGAGAGCAGUGCUGGUGCUGCUGAGGGGGGUGUAGAGCAGGGGGGAGGAGGGAGGGGGAGGGGCAGGAGCAGGAAGCGGCAGCGGCAAGGGAGGGGCGUGGGAGAGCAGAGGGAGCAGCAGCCGGGGAAAGGCAUGGGGAGAGGUAUGGGUAGAGCCAUGGGUAGGGGCCUGGGUAGGGGUAUGAAAGGGCUCAAACCAUGGGAAAAGGGAGACACAGAGGACGAGUCUGUGUCAACGCCUCUCUCUAGUCACUAUCAGCAGCAGCAGUCAACGCCUCUCUCUAGUCACUAUCAGCAGCAGCAGUCAACGCCUCUCUCUAGUCACUAUCAGCAGCAGCAGUCAACGCCUCUCUCUAGUCACUAUCAGCAGCAGCAGUCAACGCCUCUCUCCAGACAGAAUCAGCAGCAGCAGUCAACGCCCCAGCCUAGAUCAUCAAGCACCGCACUGGUCCUCCCUCCUCUGUCGCUCCCCCAUCCCAUGCGCCUCUCCCUCCCCCACAUACCACCUCCCCCUCGCCGCCCGACUCCCCCACCCACCACCCCGUCAAGCCCCCUCACUCCCCCCCCUGCACCCUCUUCCGCACACCACGGAUCCGGACCUGUUGCCUCUGGACCUGUUGCCUCUGGACCUGUUGCCUCUGGACCUGUUGCCUCUGGACCUUUUGCCUCCAAACCUGUUGCUUCCGGGCCUGUUUCUUCCAAACCUGUUGUUGUUGGUGGUGGUGGUGGUGCUGCUGCUGCUGCUGCAGGUGCUGCAGGUGGUGGUGGUGGUGGUGGUGGUGGUGGUGGUGGUGGGGAGGGGCAUGAGGAUGGUGGGGAUGGUGGGGGGUGGUUGAGGGGUUUGGAUUUGAACGAGGAGAGUGAGGAUGCAGUCAGAGAGGCACGGAAGGAGGCAGGGAGUGCUGGCACAGCAGCAGCAGCAGCAGCAGAUGCAACACUUGCAGCACCAGCAGCUGUGACAGCAGCAGCAGCAGCAGCAGCAUCGAGUGCGAGUGUGGCCAGUGGUCCCCUGAAAGGUAGCAGCAGCAUGGGUCCCGGUGGCCUGGCAAGUGCUGCCGAUUCAAAGGCUGCACCCACCUCUCCUGAUGCGCCUGUUGCCUCCCGUGCUGCUGCUGCUCCUGCUCCUGCUGCUGUGCCCGAUGCUGCUGCUGCUGCUGAUGUGGCCAGUGCUACGGCUCCUAGUGCUUCCGGAGGGGACGGAGGGGCGAGAGAUUCGAGGGAGGUGCAUCUGGGGAAGGUGGUAUCGGCGCCAGUGCCCCACUCAGGCAGCUAUGGCAGCAGGCCGUGGUGGCAGGGCGGUCUUACGGGGGGCGGAGGAGUGUCUUCCUUUGAGGCUGCUAGGACAGCAGACCCUGGAGGAGCAAUGGCAGCCACGGCACCAGCCACAGCAGUAGCAGGGGCUGGGGGAGCGACGACAGCAGCAGCAGCAGCAGCAGCGGCAGCGGCGGGAGCAAGCGAGGUAGCGAGAGGGCUGCGGCUAACAUCACCAGACACUGCUGCCGGAGAAUCACACAGAGUGGGAACAGCCGGAGUGGAGGACACGCUGGCAAGGGGCACAGAGGUGGAGGAGGAGGAUGAUGAUGAUGACGAUGUGAUUCUGGUGUGGGAGGGCAGCCGAUCCUCCCCUCCGCCUCCUUUCCCACGCUCUCGUGCCUCUGCUGCUGCCGCUCGCCCCACCACUGCCUCUGACGCUCCUGCUGCCUUGGCUGCUGCUCGUACUACCCCUGGCCCUGCCACUGCCUCUGCACGACGUGCUGCCUCUCAUCGUCACCAUGACACAAGCCGGGACUCCCUCUUCCGCACUCCCCCCCCUCCAUCCACCCUCCCCCUUCCCCCACCACCACCACUGCCACCACUGCCACCACUGCCACCACCUUUAUCACAGCUCACCCUUUCCCUCCCACCAGCGCCCCCCCUCCCCCUGCCUCCUGUGCCUUCCCCCCACCAGCCCCCGGCACACCCCCACCUCUCUUCAUCUCCUGCCCCCCCCGCCCACCCCCACGCGGCUAGGUUCAGGGCCCAGGGGUCAUGGCUGCCGUCCCUGCCCAUGCCUUGGGAAUCGCCCUCCCCAUCCGGACCUACGCCUCGAGAUGUGCCUCCCUUUUCCGGACCUACGACUCGGGAUGUGCGUCCCUUUUCCGCGCCUGUGCCUCCGGGUUCCCCGUCACGUUCCGGACCUGUGGCUCGGGAAUACCCAGAGCGAGCCCCAUCGGUUCAGAGGUAUACGGACCUUAGAAGUCCUUUGGCUCGGGAGGGACCUCCUCCACCCAAACAUGUGGCUUGGCAGCAACAGCAGCAGGCAUGGAAAGAGGUUCGGAACGAGCCAUUGCAGCAGGCUUGGCGCGGUGAGCCGGGGCAGAAUAUGGUUCAGCAGCAGGCUCGGUGGGUGAGGCCUGGGGAUGCCGCUGGGGUUGCCAAUCGAGGUGGCGGUGGUGGUGGGAACAAUGGUGGUUUUGGUGGUAAUUCUGAUGGUGAGCGAGAUAGAGGGACGAGAGGAGGAGAGGCGGAGAGGGGGAGAGGAGGAGAGGGGGAGAGGGGGAGAGGAGGAGAGUGGGAGGGGAGGAGAGGAGGAGGCAUAGCGGAUCUAAACGCCGCUGCUGCUGCAGAAGCAGGGGACACUCGAGAGGCUGACAGCAGCAGCAGCAGCAGCAGGGGUGAGAGCGCAAGGCGAGGACUCAGCAGAGGGGCGUUGAGACACGAACCCAAUACCGGCCAGGGCAGAGGCAUGCAGCAACAGUUUGGGGCACGAUUAGAACGAGAUUUGAGGCGCGAACCCGAUUCAACCCCAGGCAGAGGCAUGCAGCAGCAGCAGCAGCAGCAGCAGCAGCAGCGCUUGCAGUCACGAUCAGCACGAGACCCACGGCUACGGGGGCAGAUAGCACCCCGGGUACAGAACCAAGCUGGAGGGCAGGUGCGAGAGGUAGGGGGUACCGAGCAGAGGGAGCCAGCCGGGGCUCGCGACAGGGCCGUUUAUGAGUCGAAUCACACGCCGCCAGGGGGGCCUGGAGACGGAGCCCCAGCGGGCAGAGAGCAGGGAGAGCAGGGAGAGCAGGCAGGUGAGGAUGGGGAAAGGCAGCGAUGGGAGCGCAGUGUGCAGCAGGGGGAACGAGAGGGAAGGCAGCAGAUGGAGCCGGUGGGGUUGCAGCAGCAGCAGCAGGGGGAGCGCAGUGUGCAGAAAGGAGGGCUAGAAGGCAGGCAGCUGAGCGUGCAGCAGCAGCAGCUAUUGCAGGCAGCUCAUGCCUCCAAGGCCCCCCUGCACUCACAGCAGCAGCAGCAGCAAGCAGGUGCGUUUCUGCAGCAGCAACAUGUGAACCCAACGGUCGCUCCCGUCGCACCAGCAGAAACAAACAACCAGCAAAGCGGCCCCCGCCUCUCACCCACCUCCCUCCUGCAACUCCUCUCAACCGCCCCCAACCCCCUCCCUCCCAACCUCUUACACACCCUACAGAACCCCCGCUCUGCCCCCUCAUUCUCCUCCCUCUCCUCUCCCCCACUAGUAUCCAACCUGGGGGGGGUGUCCCAGUCCCCCCAGGUCCCUCACCCCCCUCGCUCUUCCCCUCAGCUUCCCCCUCCCAUCAACUCUCCUGUCAACUCUCCAAUCAACUCCCCUCUCCACCAGCUCUCCUCGCUCACUCACUCUCAGCGCCUAAGGUUCCUGCAGGGGCUCAGUCCAGAGAGCUUGGCAGCAGUAGCUGCUAGUAUGGCAGCAGCGACCGCAGCAGCCACCGCUGCAGCUGCUCCUGCAGCCACUGCUGCAGCGGGAGGGGGAGGGGGGAGGGAAAGGGGGGAAGGAGCCAGGGGAGCAGGAGCAGCAAGGGUAGCAGGGCCGACAGGAGCAGGGGCAGGAGCAGGGGCAGGAGCAGGGGCAGAUGGGAGAGCAAGCAGAGCAGGAGGAGGGGGGGCAGGGCCACCACUGGAAUCACGACAAGCACAGCAAUCUGGGCCGUUCAGAGGCUUGCAGGCUCCUUUGGACGGCCCAGAUGCGCCCAUCAUGGGAUUGAGCAGAUCUCAACCGUUCGUGGUGCCAGAUGAUCGAUUCCAUCCGUCCCAUCCCCCCUUCCCUCCCUCUCACCCCCCCUCUCUCCCUCCACCACCGCACCGGUCCUUGUUGGGAUCUGCUCGUCUUCCCCCUCCGCGCCAAUUCGUCAAUCCACAGCAGCACCAACAGCAGCAGCAUCAGCAGCAGCAGCAGCAGCAGCAGCAUGGACAACAGGGUCCACCACACCCCCAUCCUCAGUCCGUCCAUUUUCUUUCCCCUCCACACCCCUCCCAUCCCUCUCUCCCUUCCCCUCCACACCCCUCCCAUCCCUCUCUCCCUUCCCCUCCACACCCCUCCCAUCCCUCUCUCCCUUCCCCUCCGUUGCACCCGAAUCGCCUCCCCCUCUUCCCCUCUGACUCCAGGCAACUCUCAUCCCCUCCAAACCUCCCCUCUCCAAACCUCCACUUUCUGCCGAACCUCCCCUCUCCAAACCUCCCCUUUCCACAGAACCUUUCCUCUCCACCAAUCCUUCCCACGCCACCAAAUCUCCCCUCUCCUCCGAACCUUGCCCCUUUACCGAACCUCCCGUUUCCCAACCAGUCACAGAGCGCGCAUCAACCCCGGGCCGCGCAGGCUCGGAUAACCCGAUUCCCUUCCCCAAGCCCAACCCGAACCUCGGAACCCACACACAGCCCUCCCCUCACCCAAACCUCCCCCCCGAACCUCCGCCGAGCCUCAUCGUUUCAGCACCCAACGAAGCGACCAGCCCAUUCAAGCCCACUAUCAGCACAACCUAGGGCCAAUCCAACAUCUCCCUCACUCUCCCUCACACUCUCAUCCCCCUCUCCUCCCGCUUCCUCCCCCUCGCCAGUCCCUUCCAUCCACGGCACCCCCAGAGGGCCUGCUACCACGAUUCAGGCUGCCAUUGCCUCCUAUGCUGCUGCUGGCACUGCCGCCGCUGCUGCUGCCAAUGCCUCUGCAUUUGCCGCUGGUGGUGGUGGUGGUGGUGUUGGCAGUGGUGGUGGUGGUGCUGGUGGUGGUGGUGGUGGUGUUGGCAGUGGUGGUGGUGCUGCUGGUGGUGGUGGUGGUGGUGGCAGCGGUGGUGGGAACGGUGUUGGCAGUGGUGGCGGGGGGGUGGGAGGGGGAGGGACGGUGGAGGACGAGUGGGCGAUAGGACGAGUGCAGGCGCUAUGCAGCCAGCGGCGGUGGCGCAGCACCUGGGCAGUGGGGCGCACACGGGCGGGGUUCCGUGCAACGUGCACAGUGACAACACAAAGCGGCCAGGUGUUUGUGCAGAGGGGCGAAACUCCGCAGAGCGAGCUGAGAGCCAGCGUCAAUGCAGCGAUCAAGAUGCUGCGCAUGCUUAACGACCUGGAGGACAGAGGCUGCUGAUGAGCUGACAAGUGCAUUCUGAGAUGUCUGUCUCGUUGACUGGAAUGACACAUGCUAGCAGCCAGAGCCCGCAUCAUCGCAGCGAUCAAAAUGCUGCGCGUGCUCAAUGACCUGGAGGAUAGGGGCCGCUGAUGUGUUGUCUCUCCCAAGCAUCCCUUGCCUUGACUCUCCCCAAGAAGCAAGCAAAAACCGAAGGGUCCCCACCCCAUUGCAGCGGUCAAGAUGCUGCGCAUGCUCAAUGACCUCGAGGACGGGCCGCUGAGCCGACUCAAUUGAUGAUGUGUGUUGUGUAGCCAUUGUUGAAAGCACAAGGGGAAUGAGAGCCAGCAUCAAUGCAGCGAUCAAUGUGCUGUGCAUGCUCAAUGACCUCAAGGAUAGAGGCCGCUGAUGAACUGACUCGCCUUGAGUGCAUCGCAUGUCAACUUAUAUACAUUUGUUGUUUUAGGCUAGAUAGGUGCAUGCUCUUAGAGGGUAUAACACACGAGCAUAAGAACACCCUGUAUGC